UUAAAGAGUGCAUUUUCCUUCUCAUGUUUCAAGUUUCAAUAGGUAAAACGUUUGUGUCUUGUCAAGCAAAAUUUUUAAGAUGUCAAAGGUUAAAGCAUUGAAAAUAGUUUCGGCCACGAAAGUAUUUGCUGACAAAGUGGUUUUGCGAGGAGUGAACAUUACCGUUGAAAAAGGAACAAUUUAUGCCCUUCUAGGUCCGAGCGGAUGUGGGAAAACGACUUUGCUUUCCUGUAUCGUGGGACUUGAGAACUUAGAUGACGGAAAUAUAGAAACAUUUGAGAAGAACGUGUCCAAUUUUAAGGGAAGAAUGCUUGCCAGCCUAAUUGGCUAUAUGCCACAGGAAACAUGCCUUUACGAAUCGCUCACAAUUAUGGAAACAUUCGCCUACUUCGGUAGUCUUCAAUGCAUGCCCUUGCAUAAGAUAUUGAGCAAAGUGAAAAUCCUCAACACGGUAAUGGAUCUGCCAAAUUUGGACAAAAUUGUGAAACAAAUCAGGUCCACGAAAAAAAUUAACAUUGAUUUUAUGGAAUUUAUCGCCCUAACCCAAGGUGCUAACCCAAUGUCAACUAUAAUGAAUUAUAUAUUUAGUGGUGGAGAGAGACGCCGUGUCUCACUCUGCGUGGCCCUCUUGCAUGACCCUGAAAUUCUUCUGUUGGAUGAGCCAACGACCGGGAUAGAUCCACUUUUACGAGAAAGGAUUUGGGCCUACUUGAGGCUCCUUGUCGAAUCCAAAGGAACCACUGUUUUCCUCACUGUUAGGUAUAUGUAUGCAUGCACACAUUACGUCCAAGAAACUAAACAAUGUGAACAGAUUGGUUACCUUCGAGAUGGCUCCAUGCUGGUUCAGGAUUGUCCUAACGCCUUACUACAAAAAUAUGGUACAAAUCCGAACUUGCAUACCAAGACUCUGGAUGAUGUAGUACUUCAUUUGUGCAAACUUCCAACUUGUCUGCUUGCCAGUGAAAUAAGCUACAAAUCUUCAGUCUCCAAAUUUGAAACAUCAAAAUUGCAUCACUCAGGAACAGAACUGAAAAUUGGGUCAUUUAAUACGAUAAAAGAAAACAAACAGGUUGAAAUCCAGAAUGGUAUACCCGAUGUGUCCGACAGUUUUCUAUCCGGGUCGUCAAGUCGUUGGAAAUCCAUAAAACACUAUUUCUCACAAGUAAAUGCUCUCACAAUUCGGAAUUUGAUUCUCUACAGAAGAUAUCCACUAUUAAUUCCUAUCCAAGCCGUUUCCUUAUUUAUGAACGUUUGCCUGAUUUUGUACAUUCUCGGCAAUGAUCCAGUUGGAAUCAGUCUAGGGAAAAUAAUUAACACCGAGUGUGAGACCAAGCCAAUAUCUAAUACAAGCAAUACUAAUACAGGAGAUUAUGCUUGUCAGUUUUAUAAUAUCCUAGAAAGCUUCGGACUAAAUUUGGUCUCAAUGAAUAAUGAAUUUGAAGCGCUGCAAGCGAUUGAAAACGGCCGAACUAGCGGUUAUCUAAUAUUACCGGAAAAUUUCACAAAACAUUUUCUGGAAAGACUUACCUGGAAUAUCCAUGCUGAUGAGAAGACGUUAAACAUGUCAACAAUUUCGGUUCGAUUGGAUAGUUCAGACUAUUUACACUCCUCCUUCCUAGCAAAGGUAUUAUAUGAGGCCAUACAGCAAUUAUUCUGGCAGAUUGGGGGCGAAUAUAAUAUCAAUAGACAGCUGGUGACACUACCAUUCUCGGUCAUAAACUGUGGGCUUAAAGUUUCUGAAAAGAGUGAAAUCAGGAGUCGACAAGAGAAAAGGGUGCAGAUUCAAACUCUAUUGAGCGAGGGAUAUGGUGCCUCCCAAAUUUCGAGGAAACUAGGAGUUGCUUACAAUACGGUCAAACUGUGGGAAGGUCGCCGUACCGUGGUGGACAAAAAAAGGUCAGGCCGACCCACAGAACUCUCCCCCACUUCAAAAUCGCAAAUAACAAGAAAUUUGAAGGAGAAAAUUGGUGGAUCUGUGAGGAAAACACUAAAGAAGCUGAACGAGUCGGCGAGGUAUCAAAAGAAGGGGAAGAAAAUAAGUCGUGCUGCGGUUCGAAAUUACGACCGAUUAAAAUUCGGCGAAACAGUCAAGAGAACGGGAUAUUUGGGUGACGACAGACGGGCGCAGCAAAAACGCUCUCACAUUCUUUUCACUGAUGAAGCCUGGCUGGAGGUGUCACCAACUGGUAACAGACAAAAUCAAAGAUACUAUACAGCGGAUCCGAAAAAAAUCCCGAAAAUAUUGACCCCAAAACUUGGUCUAAAAGUUAUGGUAGCUGGCGGCUUCUGUGCUCAAGGAGUUACAAAGCUGCAUAUGGUAAGUGGAGGUACCGUAAACGCUGCAUACUACAAAGACAAGAUCCUCCCACUUUACAUUAAAUCCAUGAAGGACCCAACUUUAUUCCCCCAACAACAGAAGGUCACCUUUCAGCAAGAUGGAGCACCAGCACACACUGCAAAAGUGACCACCAAAGUUUUGGAGGCGCUCCCUUUGACAGUGUGGGGGAAAGGGGUGUGGCCCGGAAAUUCACCAGAUUUGAAUCCUCUGGAGAAUUUAUGGUCCAUUGUUAAGGAUUCUGCGUACAAACCGCCAUAUCCAGCCACAACCGCUGAGCUAUUCAGAAGAUUUCAACAUGAGUGGGAAAGCAUUCCGGUUACCGUUUUGGAAAAUUUGGCACAGUCAUUCAAUUCACGCAUUGAACAAAUGUUGGAAGCUGGUGGCGGACACUCUAAAUAUUAGUUAAUAAUCGUACAAAAAAUUAUAAUAUUCUAUACACGCAAUAAAAAGUUUUGACUA